CCUAGUGCAGUAGAAACAAAAUUCUGGUGUCAUGCAAUUUCAGAUAUAAUUCUCACUGAAGAGUCCUGAAGUGUGGUCAGUUCAGAGAGGGGCUGAUGGCCUUGGAGGAGAGGGACCCUGGGGCCCUGAUACGGAAUGUGCUACACCUGCUGCUUAAGCACCCUGAGGGAGUCAGCUUUGGGGACUUUACUGGGGCCUUCUACCAGCUGCAUGGCUACCACCCGCACAUCUCCCUUUAUGGUUACCGCUCGCUCAAGCACUUGGUCGCCGACAUGAAGAACAUUGUGGUUGUGGAAGGUGAUUCACAGAGGGCAGUCCUGAAGAUAGCAAAUGGCUUCCAUUUUGACCAUUGGCUGGAAGGAGGAGGAGAGAAUGGACUGGACAGCUCUGAAGGGGAAGCUCAGAGCUUAACAGAUGUUGAAAAAGCAGGAGGAGAUGCAGGUAGCUCCAGUCCUAUUCCCUCUUUUGACACCGGUUUCUCAGCCUCCAACUCAAACGCUGUGCUGAAAUUGGUAACAAAGAAGGCUGAUGUCUCCGCAUGCUCUACUUCUGGCAGUACUCGGGGCCUUGUGGAAGAACCAGCAAGCCAGGCACCAGACCUGUCGGUUGCCAUGGUGCUAAUCUGGGAGAUCCUUGAACGUCGCCCUCAUGGUCUGAAGGUGACAAAACUAAAAGAGGCCCUGAGAGAGCAGUACGGAUUUGACCUGGGGAGAUUCAGCAGCUACCUGGGCUACGAGGAUGUGAUACCUUGCCUGCAGGAUAUCCCUGGGCUGCUUCUCAAAAAUAUCAAGAGGACCCGGAAUUGUGUCGUCCAACUUCAGUCAUUGUCCUGCAGCCCUGCACCUUCCUUGGAUUCAGAUUUUUCUGCAUGCAGCUCAAACUCCAUUCCUCAGGGGCUUACGAGAAAGAAUUCUGAUAGCUCCAGUCCUAUUCCCUCUCUUGACACCAGUUUCUCGGCCUCCAACUCAAACGCUGUGCUGAAGCUGAUAACAAAGAAGGCUGCAGUGCUGGCUGAAGUCUUGGCUUUAGUCACCAGUCUCCUAAGCAGAUACAAGGAAGGCCUGAGAGUUACAAAAAUGAACGAGAUCCUUCUGGCCACAGAAAAAUUAGAUCUGGAUCAGUUCAGUAUCGCCCAAGGCUACAGAGACACGCUGGAAUUUUUGGAGCACCGAAUGCCUGAGCUAAACAUCAGAUACCGAGAAGACAGACUGCAGUGUGUCGUUUUUUUUGAAUCAGCUUCCCACGGAUCCACUCCAUCCCAGUUCAGCGCUUCUCUUUCUCUGGUUUCGGAACAAUCUACUAGAAAAUCAGAAACCGUGGACAAAAAUGUGUUGGUUAAGAAGCCUGUUUCCUGCAGCUCUACGCCAUCCCAGAGCAGCGCUUCCCUCUCCUUAGAUUCAGAACAGUCAGCCAGCAAAUCCAAAAACCUGAAUCAAAACAUUAUGGGAAAGAAGCCUGCUCCCCGCAGCUCCAUGCCAUCCCAGUCCAGCGCUCCCAUCUCCUUAGAUUCGGAACAGUCAGCCAUCAAAUCAAAAAACAUGAAUCGGAACAUCUUGGGAAAGAAGCCUGCUGUGCUGGCUGAAGUCUUGGAUUUAGUCACCAGUCUUCUAGCCAUAUACAAGGAAGGCCUGAGAGUUCUGAAAGUGAAUGAGACCCUGCUGGCCACAGAAAAAUUGAAUCUGGAGCAGUUCAGUGUCACCCAAGGCUACAAAGAUACGCUGGAAUUUUUGGAGCACCGAAUGCCUAAGCUAAACAUCAGAUACCGAGAGGACAGACUGCAGUGUGUCGUUUUUCUUGGAUCAGGAAAAUGCAAAGCAAAAAGAAAGCGAAGACGUACCAAGGCUCAAAAGGAAACAACAAAGAAGUGUCCUGAUCGUAACUCCAUCCCUCCUUUGAGUAAUGCCCCCGUGCAGUUCUUGGAGUCAUCAAGAAUGGCUGAGGUGGUAAAUUCUGCACCAGGCCUCGGAGCUGUCUCGAAGGUUUCGUUUACCUUUGGUGAUUUCUCUGCAAGUAGCCCUCACCUUCAGAACCUGGCUGUUCCUGCUGCUUUUGGGUCCCCACCAGUUGAGAACAGCAGCACGAGCGUCCCAUCUGCCAUGGUUCCAAACCUUCCAUCCUUUCAGCCGGCCCGGAGUGCGUUGGCGGACAAGAAUCCCUCCCAGUCUCUCCCCGACGUUCCACCUCGUUUGCCAAGCGUCCCCCUGUUUGGUGGACCACCACCAGCUGCAGAGGCACCCUGCCCUUUGGGUGAGGUGCCUCCAAGCGAAUCCAGCUUGACCAAGGCACAGCCCCCAAGGGACCUGAAUGAACUGGAGCGGCAGGUGGCUGACAUCCUGGCCGCCCAUCCUGAGGGCAUGUCGCUAUUCCAGUUCCGUGCUGCUUACAGCGCUGCCUAUCAGCAACACCUGCCCCUGGGCAACGCUUCGUCCGCCAAGCAGCGUAUGCUGGAGAUGCCCAAUGUGGUUUGCGUGAAGGGUUGCGGGGUCCAGACUUUGCUGCUCCCAGUUUCUGCCAAAGUGUCUCCUGUCAAAAGUGGUCAGCCUGUCUUCUCCAAAGCGGAAAAUGCUGCAAUGCUUCCUGGUCACCCAUCGCUGAAAACUCUGGCUGUGGCUAAAUCUGGAGCAAUUCUCGAGCCUUCUCCUAUUCCUAAAGGUCUGGUGGUGCCUCAGCCCCGUCCUGUUUGUGUCCUGGCUCCAGACCAAUGCAGAGAGCCAAGCGAUGAGGACUGCGGCAUUCUCCCUGAGGGCCAAUCCCCAAGAGCACCAAAACCUAUCGCUCCUUGGCAAGAGCAUGGGAGGGCCAGAGUCAACUCGGUUUACCGUUCAGUUCAGCCUGACCUGUCUGAAGUAGCUACAGGAGCUCCUGGCCAUUCUUUGCCUACCUCCAACCCUGUGGUGGCUCCCAAAUCUUGCCUUAAAUGUUCAGUUCCCAAGUUGCCUGUUCCACCACCCCUGCUCUCUCUCCUCCAGUCCUCUGAAUAUUCAAGCACCAAGGAGAGUCACCCAUUCCCCAAACCUCUAGCCUCUGUGCAACAGCAGGUGAGGACCACCCACAAGCAGGUAUGGGUUCCCUUCGCUCCCCAAUCCCCUGUAGUUUUCCCUCCAGAUUCACAAGCCACGAGAUGGGGUGAGAAUGCGAAGUCAUGUGGCCUGGAAUCCCUGCCUAGCCCUUGGAUAUCGGGCAACAGUGCUCCAUCUCCUUCCAUCCCUCAGCCUGUUCCUGCCAGCUUUCCAGCAUGGGCGCAGCCGGUGGUGUACCCUCCUGUCCCGUUGCUUCCCAAAAUGACAAAGUUGCCCCCUCUCUACACAGUACCAUUCCUACCAGUUUCUGGAAUGCCCUUUGGGAUCCAGGUUCAACAGACCAUGCAGCAGAACUCCCAUGGUGUCCAACUUGUGCCACCAAUCAGGCUGGAUCAGCCAGUGUCUCUCAUCCAAAGUGACGAACAGAGGAAAUGCAUUCACACAGUCCCAGGACAAGAUCCCCUUUCUCAUGGGCCAUCCAGAACCUUGCAGCGUGCCCAAAGCCCAGCUCCCGCCUUCUCUGCAGGGACAUUUCCUGUUUCUUCAUCUUCCAAAAGCAAAGCCAGCAUCUGCACACACAAAUCCCAGAUGGUCCACCAUCCAGAAUGCUGCAACCAUACAUGGUUGGAUGAUCUGCAGUGCAGUUCUUUUACUGUACCAGAUAAGAGUUGCACGUUCAUACCUUCGGACAGAAUACCUUCUAAGCUUCCAGCACCCACAGAUCAGAGACAAUACGAUGACAUGAACUCUCUCUUAACUUCCCCAAGCAAGCUGCCAUUCAGUUCACAGUCUGUUCCCACCAAGGCAUCUGAGCCACUCACACACGUUUCCUCUAGUAUUGACAGGAAUUCCAAUGUUCUGCCUUCUGACCCUUCAGACUUCAUGCAUCAGCGGCAAUAUACUAGCGAGAGUCCUGCUGUGACCACCUCAAGUAGAAGACCAGCCAAUUUGCUGCCAUCUCCUCUAGACUCCACUACCAGCCCUUCCUACCAACUCUUGCAUCCCUCUAGUAUAAACAGCAGUUCUGGUGGUCUGCCUUCUGAACCUCAGACUUUCAUGCAUCAGCAACAGGUCAUCAGUGUGAGUGCUGCCAUAAGCUCGGGUACAAAACCAGCACACUCACCACCUUCCCCUCAAGACUCUACCACCAACCCAUCCCGCCAACCCUCCUGUGCUCCCUUGAAUGUCGCUAUGGAUUAUGGCACUUCAAAUCAAGCUAACCCCAAGAACACGAUUUCCAUACCAGCUGACAGUUCUAGUCCCUCAUUUUCGGAAGAGCAGAUGCCUUAUUAUUCUACUCCGCAGAACAGCCCUCCUCCCAGAAGCUUUGAUAGAUGUGUUAUCCUAUAAUAGCAAGGAGGUGUUCUGUGUGAAUCCUUUUUGCACAAGGAGAUUAUUUUUUUAAGAGGAAGGGGUGGCAUGUCGGAUGUAUUGGUUCCCCUUUGUUCGGCACUGGUUAGGCCUCAUCUCGAGGAUUGUGUCCAGUUCUGGGCACCACACUUCAAGAAGGAUGGAGACAUGCCGGGACGGGUUCAGUGGAGGGCAACCAGGAUGAUUGGAUAUUGCAAUCCAUGCACAGUGAGGAUGUCACAAAACGUGCCAUUCCACAGUACAGCUUUCCCCUAUCAUUGCUUCCCAACACUAAAGCAUAAAGUGAAAAUUCAGGAAGAUUCUAUAAGCACACCUAUACAGUAGAUGAUGAAAACACAAACAGGCUAAAGCAAGCUUGGCUUACCAGACGGGUCCAAUAGACAAGCAAAUGUGUUUAUACUAUUGAGUUCAGUGUGUCAAGACUAGCUUCAGGGGGACCUAGGUUUAAACCCCCAUUCAGCCGUGAAGCUCAGCAUGGGCUCAUCAAUGUCCCACAGGGUUGUUGUGAGGAUUUUGUUUCUUUGAGGAUGAAAUCUUCUACAGUGCCUCAAUCUCCUUGAAGGAAAGGCUGGGUAAAAACGUUGUUGUUAAAAAUGCCUCCUAUGCCAAAAGAAGACCAAUUCUGUGACCUGUAUGCAUUAAGCAAAUGAAAUCAAUCGUGCAUAAUUGCCUAUUUUGCAUGACUUUUUCUCUUGCUCAUACGAGAGGGCAAGAAGCAGAACGCUGACUAAUGGACCAGUUCUCUUUUGGCUUCCAUCUUUAUAAACUUGGUUAUGAUUGGUAAAUAAAUGGCUCAGGAAUUGAUUGCUCAAUAUUUUUAUUUUUAAUUGGCUCAGGGAACUUUUUUUGUAUCGAUUAUUAGCUUUCAAUGAUGUUUUUUUAUGUUGCAUGCUAAAUUGCAAUAAAUGAGAAUGAUACUUUGUC